UUAGGACCUGAGGGAAGCUCCCGCAGACUGGGGCGGAGACUUCGCCACUACAAAGGCAGCGGUGCGGUGGCGGCUGGUUAUGGGGCUGGGAAGUUGCAGAGCGACGCAGGGAAGAGGAGGACCUGGUGGAUUCCGGUAACAGGACAAAUGGGGUUAGCAAGGAAACACCAAAUCUAUCUUGUGACUGGCGGCUGUGGAUUUCUGGGGAAGCAUUUGGUCCAGCUGCUUCUAGAAGAGGAACCAGACCUCUUGGAAGUGCGUGUCUUUGAUCUGCAUCUGGAUGAAAGCAUGCGGCACCUGGACAAAGUGACUCUGAUCCAGGGGGACAUCAGCAGCCUGGAGGAUGUCAAGGCAGCAGUGAAAGGAGCUGACGUGGUCCUCCACACCGCCAGCCUGGUGGACGUUUGGGGCCGGGUGCCAGCCAAGAAAAUCCAUGUGGUCAACGUGCAAGGGACCCAGAACGUAAUUGAAGCUUGUGUGACGGAAGGAACCCAGUAUCUGGUUUACACCAGUAGCAUGGAAGUGGUGGGUCCCAACACAAAGGGAGAAUCCUUCUACAGAGGGAACGAAGAUACCAAAUAUGAAUCAAUACACGAGCAGCCCUACCCAGUAAGCAAAGCCAAGGCGGAGCAGCUGGUCAUCCAAGCCAAUGGACGUGCGAUCCAGGGCGGGAGGCAGCUGGUAACCUGCUCGCUUCGGCCAACGGGCAUCUACGGGGAGAACCACCUUCUGAUGCAGGAGUUUUACAGGAAGGGACAGCUCACAAAAGGCUACAAGAUACGGACAAUCCCAGCCUCCGUUGAGCACGGCAGGGUCUAUGUGGGCAAUGUCGCUUGGAUGCACCUGCUGGUGGCCAGAGAGAUGCAGGAGUCCUCUUCACCUAUUGGGGGUCAGGUUUAUUUCUGCUAUGAUGCCUCCCCUUACAAGAGCUAUGAUGAUUUCAACAUGGAAUUCCUGGGGCCCUGUGGCAUCCGCCUCCUGGGGUCCCAGCCACUCCUGCCUUUCUUUUUCCUCCGGUUCCUGGCUCUGUUCAACGCCCUCUUGCAAUGGCUGCUGAAACCCUUCUGCACUUACGCACCCAUCCUCAAUCCCUAUACCCUGGCUGUGGUCAGCACCACCUUCACGGUUCAGACCGACAAGGCCCAGCGCCACUUUGGCUACCAGCCCCGCUACACCUGGGAGGAGAGUCGGGCCCGCACUAUCAAGUGGCUUCAGGAAACUGAUGCUCAGAGGCAUGCUGGGAAGUAGCUGCCAGCCACCGGAAAAGCACUUGAAAUCUGAGUUGGAGAUGUGCCAUGCCUUCACCUGGGGAGAUCUAACUCCAGAUUUUGCAGAUUUCUUUCUUUCUUUCUUUCUUUCUUUCUUUCUUUCUUUCUUUCUUUCUUUCUUUCUUUCUUUUUCUUUCUCUCUCUCUCUCUCUUUCUUUCUUUCUUUCUUAAUCCUUCUUUCUCUCUAAAUCUUUUUCUUUCUAAAUCUUUGCACAAGUAAGAUGAGCUAUUCUGUACCAUCCAGGGGACUUAGCCUUGUUUGAAACUGUCUCUGGAUCAUAUGCUAUUCCCUUGGGUGCAUUAAUUUUUAGAACGAGGGAUUUGUGAUCACCUGCUCCAAGAUUUGACACCACGGGCAAAAUCCAGUACUAGCUGAAUCUUUCUGGGGUGUUAGCUGAGUAUUUUGGAGCACAUCCCAAAUUAGGUCUAGCAGUUACUUCAGUCCUGUGAUAUGAAGGUCCUGGUUCUCUUAUUGCCCAGGGUUAAGUGAUACUACAGUUCUUGCAAUGAAUCCAAGUCUGUGUGGGGAUGAUCCAUUUCCAGGAUUUGAUUCACAGAAAUACUGAUUUUUUUUGAGAGAGAGACAGAGGAUAUGGAUCCAUUCCAGUCUUGCUUGAGGUUUAGGAUAUAAUUGCUAGAAAAACAAUAACCGAUUGCAGCAAUGGAAUCUGGUUGUUGUUUUCAACUACACUUCUCAGUACUAAAGAGCUGGUUCCAUUUACUCUUGCUUUUGGCUCAUUUUUUUGUUCUCCCUUGCUGGCCUCCUAUGAUUUUGCAUAUGCAUAAUUUUGCACAAAAUCCAAACCUUCAGGGUUUCUCAAACAUAGGUCCCCAGAUGUUGUUGGACAACAGCUCCCAUCAUGUCCAGUCACCAUGGCCAUUGUAGACCAAUGGAAUCUGGGCACCCAAAACUGAGAACGGCACUUAGAGGUAUGGGUUCCUGGUGAAAACCAAGCGUUCAAAAAGCUAAGUAAGUGUCUCACCUUAAACAUAAGGAUGUGUUUUGAAAGCACAUUCUUCUCUCCUGGAUGGUGUUCUAUAUCAUUUCAGUUUCAAGCACAUCAUGUACACAUACCUCUUCUGCACUUAAAGAAGUAUAAAUUUUGCAAUAAUAUUUUUUUUAAAAAAGAUGAAGUGAUGGCCACUAGGUUAAAUGCCUUUACAAAAGAAUUAGGUAAGUGUCAAUGGUUCCUAGCCUACAUGGCUAAAUGAAGCCUCCAUAUAGGGAGGCAGUAUACCUCUGAAGACUAGAUGCUGAGACUAACAGUGGGAGAGGGCUAUAGCCUUCCGCCGCCCCCCCACUUGUGGGAUUCUUGGACCCAACUGGCUGGCCACUGUGGGAGACAAAGUGGUUAGAUUAGGCAGAUCUUUGCUCUCAUCCAGCAAACCUCCUCUUGCGUUCUUAAAAGAAUGCAAACUGAGCCAGUUCAGACAUGGCUCAUCUACACCAGGAACUUUGUGUUCUGUGCUUUAAAAACUCCAUACUUCGCACAAGGGAAUGUAGACAAAGUAUAUAUAGACAAAGUAUAGAUUGGAGUUUUCGUUCAAGAUCUGUGCAGUGUGAGCUAUGUGGGGGUUUUCCCCCUGCAAAGCCAGCAAUUCCAGUUAGAAUGACUUUUCCAGUUAGAAUGACAAAUCUGGCUUUGGUGCUGCCACAUAUUCCAAACUCCUUUCCAGCAGAAGCCAUAUACUUCCAGUUACACUUCUCACCACUGUGCUGUCAUUCCGUUGCCUGGCAGUCUUGAUUCUGCGUUUUACAAAUGGAUAGGCUGGGGGAGCAGACGGCCAUCGGCUGUGGCAUCAUUCCUUUCCUGUGGAAACGGAACACCUCUUCCCAAGGAUGAGCAAUGCAUGCCACAUCAUUGUAAUCCCAAUUCUGUGUUCGUGUGUCAGUGGUUUUUCUUCCUACCUCAAAACUACCACUACAGAGAAUCUGGUUGUCGUGCAAUAAAGACCGGUAUCUGCUCUGUAACUUCAGCCAGCCAAUAACCAGUUGCUUGAGUGGGCAGACUGGCUUUAACAUGAGAAGAACACGGCCAUUCCAUCUCUGAGGAACAUGCUCUCGAUUCCUGUGAUGCAUGUUUUUUGUGGGGCUUGUACAACAGCAAUAUAAGUGGAGAAUCUUUUAGUGUGGCAAACGUCUUCACUAGGCCCAGAGAGGUCUCUCUCUCAGCGUUGCUUUUGUUCUUAGCAGAGCUGGGACUUUUGAGACACAUAUGGGUGGAGCCUAAGGUUCUGGAGCUGAAUACCCCUGCUAAAUGAGCAGAGAGACACCUUUUAAAGUGGCGGUUCUCUUGUAUUUAGCAAGGGGAGAGCAACUGGCCCUAUCCAGCCCCAGCACAGCAUCCCUCCAGUGGCUGUUGCUGGUAUCUGCCUUAUGUUUCUUUCUAGAUUGUGAGCCCUUUGAGGAGAGGGGACCAUCUUAUUUAUGUAUUAUUUAUUUUUCUAUGUAAACUGCUUUGAGAACUUUGGUUGCAGAGCGGUAUAUAGAUAUUAGUAGCAGUGGUAAGCUCAGGGGUGGGGUCUGUUGGAAUAAGGGGCAGGGCCUAGUGGUCUUCCUCUGAGGUCUGUCCAGUUACAAGAAGAACCUAGCUGUGCCUCUUCAAUAUAAUGGAGCAGAACUGGUCGCUCCCUUGAUUGUGACACUUCACUCUGGGAUUUUGCUCUUUUGCUUUAGAGAGAUAAAAUUCCAGGUCAACCGCCAAGAUCUGGCAAAUUUAAUCAAAGCAUUAAAAGCAUCUCUUUAAUAUGACCUCUUUAUUUUGAAAUUUUAAGCAGCAAGAAGGAAAAAUCAUAAAAUAUUCCUAUAAAGUGAAAGGAAAAAAAUCCUUUGCUGAUUCUGAAUUACACAAAUCCUACUGAUGGACACAAAACACAUAUACUUACAAGGAGAAGGAAGAACUACAAACGUGUGUGUGUGUGUGUGUGUGUGUGUGUGUGUGUGUGUGUGAAAAUAAAUGAACAAUCCCCCAGCUGUCUCUGAAUUUUUAGACUCUAUGUAUUUAAGCAAGCAAAAUUGACUCUCUCUUUUGAUUGUAAGUAUUUAAUUUAUAGGUGCCUUUCAUAUGCAUCUAAGAAAAGCCCCAGCCAUAGGGUCUUGACAUGGUAUGCUAUGCAACACCAGGAUGGAUUGCUCAGAGCGUGUUAUUUGCACAUAUGAUAAUAAUAAUAAUAAUAAAGGAAUAUACAUAUAUAUUGCA